AUGUCGAACCAGACCCCCGACUCCUGGGAGGAUGAGCUUGCCCGACAGGCAGAGGGUGUUAACCUGAACGGACAGGGCCGUCCUCAGCCUCAGGCAGGCUCGUUCCAACCUGGUGCAGCUACUUUCCAGCCCGGUGCAGCCUCUUUCACACCCGGUGCAAGCUCUUUCGUCCCUGGCCAGCAGUUCCAGCAGUAUGGUGGUGGAUACCCUUACGGUCAAUAUGGUCAGCAGGCCUACGGAUACCCCCAGCAGCAACAGCAGCCCCAGCAGCCCCAGCAGCCGCAAGCCUUCGGUCAAUAUGGCGCAUACGCUCAGCAGCCCGGUGGAUACAACCAAUACUAUAACCAGCAGCCUGGUGGAUUCGCCCAGCAGCCCCGUCAGAAUGCCCCUGUCGCCCCUCAGCAGACCCCCGCCGCCGCCGCCGCUCCCAAGCCCGCCGUGAAUGCAUCGGCUGCCCCACCAAAGGCCAAGGUCCUCUCAAUUGGCGCCACCGGCUCGUCCUCUGCCCCUAAAACCAAGGUACUUUCCAUUGGCACCCCCACACCUGCCCCCGAGGCCGCCAAGUCCGACUCUGCAAGCAAGGGUGACUCUAAGGGUACCGCCGCUGCUGAGGCUGGUGCUAAGGUUACCGCCAGCAAGGCUAUUGAUAAAACGGAGAAGAAGGCGGACCAGAAAGCCAGCGCUACCGGCAAAGCCUCUCCUACCCCCUCUGGACGUUCUAGCCCUGGUCGUUCUAGCCCAGCUCGCGGUGUCGAAGCGGCUAAGCAGGCUCGCGCAGCCGACGCCGUUGCCAAGCAACAACAGGCCGAUGUCGACGACGCUACCUUGAAGGAGAUUUAUGGCGAGCGCCGAGAACACGUCAACGUGGUAUUCAUCGGUCACGUCGAUGCCGGCAAAUCCACCCUGGGUGGUUCCUUGCUGUACUGCACUGGUAUGGUCGACGAUCGAACAAUGGAAAAAUACAAAAGGGAGGCGAAGGAGGCAGGUCGCGAGACUUGGUACUUGUCAUGGGCCCUGGAUCUGACUCAAGAGGAGCGUUCUAAGGGCAAGACCGUUGAAGUUGGUCGCGCAUUCUUCAAAGUCGAAGUGCCCUCUCCGGAAGGCCCAAUUGAGCGACAGUUCUCUAUCUUGGACGCACCUGGUCACAAGUCUUAUGUCCCUCACAUGAUUGGUGGUGCCUCUCAAGCAGACUUGGGUGUCCUUGUCAUCUCUGCACGAAAGGGUGAGUACGAGACUGGAUUUGAAAAGGGUGGCCAAACCCGUGAGCACGCACUACUUGCUCGCAACACAGGAGUUGAAAAGCUCGUGUUGGUGGUGAACAAGAUGGAUGACCCUACUGUGGAAUGGAGCAAGCAACGUUUCGACGAGUGUACUGUCAAGGUCAUCAAGUUCCUUGAAGCCUUGGGUUACAAGAAGAGCGAUAUCUUCUGCAUGCCUAUUUCCGCGCAGCGUACCAUCGGAAUCAAGGAUCGCAUUACUAAGGAUAUUUGCUCUUGGUACGAUGGACCCUCCCUACUCGAGUUCUUGACAAAUUUCGAACUUCCUGAGCGUAAGGUCAACGCUCCUUUCAUGAUGCCUAUUACAGCCAAAUACCGUGAUAUGGGUACCAUGGCUGAAGGCCGCAUUGAAUCUGGAAUCAUCAAGAAGAACGGUACUUACCUGAUGAUGCCUAACAAGACCGAGGUAUCAGUUGCUGCUCUGUAUGGCGAGACUGAAGAUGAGCUUCAGACUGCCAAGGUUGGCGACCAGGUUCGCCUUCGUCUCCGUGGUGUGGAAGAGGAUGAUUUCUUCCCCGGUUUCGUGCUCUGCUCUCCGAAGCGUCCAGUACACUGUGUUUCUGCUUUCGAGGCCAAGAUCCGUAUUCUGGACCUGAAGAGCAUUCUCACAGCUGGUUUCAACUGUGUUCUCCACGUGCACUCGGCUGUUGAGGAGGUCACCUUUGCUGCCCUUCUGCACAAACUUGAGCCCGGUACUGGCCGUAAGAGCAAGCGCCCCCCUGCUUUCGUCAACAAGGGCCAGACCAUCAUUGCUCGUCUCGAGGUGACUAGCACUGCUGGUGCGGUCUGUGUGGAGGAGUUCGCUGAAUACGCGCAGCUGGGUCGCUUUACCCUUCGUGACCAGGGUCAAACCAUCGCUAUCGGUAUGAUUACCAAGCUCAUUCAUGACGACGCUUAA